CAUGGCCGCGAGGAGGGCCCCUCGAUGUGGAAGCUGGAGCAGAGGCAGGGCAGCGAAGAGGCCAUGGAAAUUGAAAAGGAAGACCUUGAUUUAGAAAAUGCUGGAACGGAUGAGUAUACAGCCAUUUUUGAAGAUGAUUUUGAAGACUAUGAGGACGACUUCGAGGUCUUUGAUGGGGCCGACGACUGCGGGGCGGACGAGCCCAAAGAGGGAGAGGCGGCGGAGGAGCUGCCUCCGGCCAGGAGGAGGGAGAUCCAGGAAAUCCAGAAGGCCAUCCUUGCGGAGAACCAGCGGGUCGGCGAGCUGUCCUCGAAGCUGCUGGAGAAGCACGGCUGCCCGGAGCGCGCUGGGGGGCCGGGCCCGGAUGCAAACAGCUCCCUUUCCAAAACCCCACUGUGUGGAAUUUUCGUGGAUUUUGCCACAGCCUCACACCGUCAAAAGAAUCGGACUCAGGCCCUUAAGCAAAAGAUGCGCAGCGCAAAGCUGCUCCGGCUAAUCGACAUGGACUUCUCCUUCACCUUCUCUCUCCUCGACCUCCCGCCCGUGAAUGAGUACGACAUGUACAUCCGGAACUUCGGGAAGAAGAACACCAAGCAGGCCUACAUUCAGUGUAAUGAAGACAGCGUGGACCGGGACAUCCAGACCGAGGAAGUAGAGACGCGGGAAGUGUGGACCCAGCACCCGGGGGAAGGCACUGCCGUGUCCGGGGGGAGUGAGCAGAGUGGCCCUGGAGAUACUGCCAUCGUCCCGAAGGUCGACACGCCCCGUCUGUCCGGCUUCCUGCGGGCGGCCUGCCAGGUGAUGGCAGUUCUGCUUGAAGAGGACCGGGCGGCUGCAGAGCCGGGCCGGGCGGCCCAGGCGCAGGGCUGCACCCUGCCUUUCAGCGAGAGCUGUGCACGGCUGCGCACCAGCCUGCCCUUCCUGCAGGACCGGAGAGUGUCCUGCCUGCACGCGUGUCAGGCUCAGAGGCGCACUGUGGUAUCCGUGCAUGGGCUGCCGGGGAAGGCCUCGGUGCCCCUGCUGGACCACAGACACGUGCUCUGUGUGUGGGAUGUCCGGCAGCCCUCGGGGCCCCAGAAGGUCCUGGUGUGUGAGUCGAAGGUCACGUGCUGCUGCUUCAGCCCUGUGAAAGCCUGCCUGCUGUUUGCGGGGACCGUGCAUGGCUCGGUGGUCGUGUGGGACCUGAGAGAGGACCCCAGGAUCCAUCUCCGUGUGACGCUGAGCGGGUGCUCCUGGACGUUCAGGACCCCCACCUUCUCCACCGACGGCGUCCUGACGCCCGUGAACCACUGCAGCCCCCUCCGGGCGGUGGAGCCCGUCACAGCGUCUGUCUGCAGGAGGCAGAACUGCGUGCUUUCACCCUUUUCUACUCAAGAAGAGACGGCAGGCCUGUCCUUCCACAUCGCUUCCUUGGACGAAAGCGGGCUUCUCAAUGUGUGGGUGGUGGUUGAAUUACAGAAGGCGGAUGUUGCAGGUUCAAUAAGUGAUUUAGGUUUAAUUCCUGGAGGACGGAUAAAACUGGUACACAGCGCUGCGAUCCAGCUGAGUGACAGGUGGGUCUGUACCCACAAAGCCCUGUUUCCCACAGGAGGAAACAGCCUUAGCCUUUCUCAUAAAGGUUAUGAACCCUGGGGGUCCGUGCAGACACUGAGCGUUAAAUUUCUGCCUUCAGACCCUGAUCGCUUUGUUGUCGGCACAGACGUGGGCCUCGUCAGCCAUGGCAGCAGACGGGAUGUCAGAGUGUCUCCCAGGCUGUUCCGGCCCCAGCAGCAGGGCCCGAGGCCUGUGAAAGUGACCGUGAUUGACUUCUCACCAUUUGAGGAGCCUGUAUUCCUGGCCGGCUGUUCUGACGGCAGCAUCAGGCUGCAUCAGCUGACGGCAGCGGGCCCGCUCCUGCAGUGGGACCGCAGCACCUGCGGCCGCGCCGUCACUGGCCUGCAGUGGUCCCUGACGAGGCCGGCCGUGUUUCUGGUGCAGGAUGAUACAUCCUGCGUGUACGUGUGGGACCUCCUGGAGAGCGAUCUGGGGCCUGUGGCCAGGCAGCCCAUCUGUCCAGACAGGUUGGUGGCCAUGACCAUUGUGGGGGAAGCAGAGAAAACCCGUGGCGGCUUCCUGGCUCUGGUGCUGGCCAGAGCCUCUGGCAGCAUAGACAUCCAGUACCUGCGGCGGGAGUGGGCAACCCCGGCCAGUGACGAGCUGCAGAGGCUGCGGCUGCUGCUGCGGGAAGCCCUGUAGGUGGCGAGACCACGAGAUGAAGUGCGGUGGCUCCAAGCUUACAUCAGAUGCAUGUACAUUUGUAUAGAUAGAAAGCGUGUGUCUGUACAGAAUUCAUUUUUCAAAAUUAUUGCUUCAAUACACCAUAAAUAAAUCACUAUUUUUGAAUGGAAA